AUGCGAUUCACCGCCUUUUCUGCCACUUUUCUGGCUGUAACUACACUUUUUCAAGUGUCCGAACAGGGUAAUCUUUUGAAUAUUGUCGUUGAAAUUGUGUGAAACGCUUCCAGCGGUCCGUCCGGUCACCCUUUACAUUCGUUUGUUUGACGUGAAAGGGAAGAGGUCGACGAUUCUGGACGAGGGAUGGAAGUACACGGUCGGAGAGCUCAAAGAGAUGCUCCUCAAGGAGAUCGACGUGUCCGGACACAUUCUGCGGCUGUACUUCGAGGGUGAAUAUGGGGAAAACUCUAUUGCAAUUUCAAUUGAUAUGAUAUGAACCUUCUGAAACCGUAUUCAUUUCAGGCCAAGAACUGUGGAUCCCGGACCGCACUCUUGCGAGCUACCGGGUCCGUGCCGGAGAUACUGUCGAUAUCUAUCUGGAGAACAUUGCCGAACAGCUUGCGAUUCGAUUUGGGAACCAGGACAAGAGUCCCGACGGCCGAUUGGCUCAGUGA